GAACGGGAGCACGGUAGCAGCAGGCUUUGAACAUGGAAUUUGUGAAACCUCUAACAAUCUCUAUGAGUCUGGAAUGGGCAUAGCAAUUCUGAAUCUCUCUGUAGCAAGCUGGACCAAGUUAUCUUUCUGAAGAGGCAAACACUGUCAGAAAUGGAGAGAGAAGGCCUGGAAUGGAUUGGGGGUUUUCUGCGUAUGCUGGUUUCCUGGGGUGCUUCCUGUGCCAUGAUCUUUGGGGGUGUAGUUCCAUAUAUACCCCAAUACAGGGAUAUCAGAAGGACGCAGAAUGCAGAAGGAUUCUCCAUUUAUGUUUGUCUUAUGCUGCUAAUAGCCAAUAUACUGCGAAUACUGUUCUGGUUUGGACACCACUUUGAAUCACCUCUCCUUUGGCAAAGUAUUAUAAUGAUUGUUACAAUGUUGCUUAUGUUGAAGUUGUGUACAGAAGUGCGUGUGGCAAAUGAGCUGAACCCAAAGCGGCGAUCAUUCACAGAUUUUGAUACAGCUUUCUUUUGGCACUGGACCAGAUUCAUAGACUUUAUACAGUGUGUUCUGGCCUUCACCGGUGUGACAGGAUACAUCACUUAUCUCCUCCUAGACUCUCCACUUUUUGUAGAGAUAUUGGGCUUCCUUGCUGUUUUCACCGAGGCCUUGCUUGGUGUUCCUCAGCUUUACAGAAAUCAUCAGAACUACUCCACUGAGGGAAUGAGCAUCAAAAUGGUACUGAUGUGGACAAGCGGGGACACCUUCAAGAGUGCGUACUUUGUUCUAAACCAGGCUCCGUUCCAGUUCUCCAUCUGCGGCCUGUUGCAGGUCUUUGUAGACAUUGCCAUCUUGCUCCAAGUGUACUUAUACAGUGCCUACCCCCAGAAGCCAGUAUCACACGCUACUAGUGCCAAAGCUCUCUAAUUAACAGACAAAAGUGCUCCCCAUGUAAUUCUACCUGAUGGUGUCAGUACCAGUAAUCCAUGUAUCUUAUGCUGGGUCUACCUGUAUUCCUGCAGCUCAUUCAUAUACUGCAGUGUUCUCCACUAUUUUAUAUAAACCGUUACUCUGCCUCAUCCGUAAAGCAUGUCUCUCCCGCAAAGCCAAUGCACGUGUUUUGUAUUCUGUACUACGGACCAACUUGUGUAUUGUACGUAUAAUAGACUUUUUUGAUUGUAGGGUUAAACAAGAACUCAAGAAGUGGACAAAAUAUGCUGAUUUAAUGAUCUAUGGCCUCUGUAACAUUUUGCUUAUUUUUCUCUCUGCUCCCAAGAAUAUUUCUGUUUUUGUGGAUUCUUCCUUCAAGUGUGGGUCCGCUAGGGGUGCACCUAAUCCAAGUUUUGGUUGAAUCCUUCAAUUUUUUUAUGGAAGAUUCGUUUGGGUUUAAGUGUUAUGAUUCAGCCAGCUACAUCUGAAACCUUGUCUUUAUGUGCCUUCCCCAAACUGAACGCAAUAAAGCCUAUAUAAUAAUGCAUAGUGAUAAAGAAGAGAUUUGGUGCCUAGUGUAGUCACAAAAAGGACUAUUAAAGUGAUACUGACACUAAAAAACUACUUUUUAAAAUAUGACUGUACAUUAAAAGUUACCUAUAGGUCAUGUUUUUUUUUUUUUUUGCUUAAAGGUUUGUUUUUGUAAGUAAUUGUUAGUUGAAGUUCCUAAACCUGACUGUUUUGCCAACCUGACUGUCCCAUCUCAGUCUGUCAGUUAACAUUUCUAAUGCUAACAGACUCCUGCUGCACAAAUAUGGCAGCCCCCUCAUAGAGGAACACAGGUAGUCAGAUAGGUAAUGAAAAAGUAUUGGACAUGCAAAGAAAAUUUUAUGGUAGAUGUAAAAAAGGUUUCAUUUCUGUUGUUAGUAUCUCUUUAACGUUAUGGGGUAUAUUUGUUAAAAAGUGAAGUUAGAGAUUGCCACAGUCCGCUAGAGUGAAAUACCGCCUCUCUCCAUUCAUUUUUAUUGAAUUUUUAAAGGCGUAUUUAUCAAAUGGUGAACUUUCACUUUCACCCUUUCCUAAAUACGCCUUUAAAAAUCCCAUAGAAAUGAAUGGAGAGAGGCGGUAUUUCACUCUAGCGGACUGUGGCAAUCUCUAACUUCACUCUCUGAUAAACACAUCCCUAAGGGUAGGACUACACAGACAUUUUCGGCAUGAUCCGAUGCGCUGCAACAAAACACUGGCGACAAAUCACAUGAGACCAAAAUUAAGAGCUAGAAAUGUCGUAUGAAGUUGGAGCGUUGAUCCAACCCGCCACGACUGUCGGAUGCAGACGCAGCGUCUGCAUCAGACAGUCGUGUUGCGUUGCAUCAGAUCAAUGCUGUGAAGUCCCAGGGGCUCAGUUAGAAAGACGAGGCAAUUCUGCAUUUGUGCAUCACAACCAAUAAGAGAUCUGGUCUCAUUAUCCUAUCUCAAGCACGAUGAUCAAGGCUAAUUGUGAUCCAAUGCUGUGGGUUAUUGCACAGAUUAGACAAGCCCCAUACAGUCAUUUGUACACACAAGGAGUUGAAGGUGAUACUCUGCUUGAAUAUGACAGUGAUAUCUUGGCCAGCCUUGCGGCUUUUAAUUUUUACUGUGUAAAUUUUAGUCACUUUUAUGACUUGUCAGUCCAUAAAUUGUGUCUUGCCCACAUGUCAUUAGCAGGUGUCAUAUCUAACGGGUUUUGUCCCAUAGGAGACAAUCACUACAACCUUCACUAGGCUGAAAAUCUCCCAUUGGGAAGCUGCGUGUGAACAUGAAUCAUUCCAAGUUUGUCUAAAACACUCAGCUUUAUGAACAACAAUCAGCUUGAUAUUUGCCACUUGUAAUGGGUUUUAAUCUAUGCAAUGUGUUCUGUACAUGCCCCCCAGCAGAGGAACAACUAUCUCAUUGUUACAUGACUAUCGUACUUCAUUCAUUUCUAAUCAAAUCAUUGCUUCCCUUCAUGCAAAGGCCUCUCUGCUGUGGAUUCCUUACCCAAAGUUCCAAGAAUAGAUAGAGUGAACCCAAAUUAGCAAAUGCAGGGCUGUGACCUAUAAUAAGAAUACUUCUCAAUCAUUGCUUUUUUUUUAUCCUUUCUAAUAAAGUCCAUUCUGCAGCCGUAAUUUCCCAUUUUCAUGCCUCGCUGGGGUGACUUAUGAUGCAGAUUUCAUCUCUGAUUAGUCCGGCUUCUUACUCGUGCCUCGUGUUAUUUAUAUGCUCUGAAUGUUGCUGACUCACUACAGAAAAUGUUUUACAAACAGCUAUUUAUUGAGAUCAGGCACAGGCAAUGGUCUGAGCUCUCACAGCUGCACAACUCUCCAGCAGAGCAGGAUUGGCAGGGAAUUCUGGGAGUUGUAGUUCAGCAGCAGUGGCUGGCUUACUGACAAUUGCCUAUCCCUGACUUUAAAUGAAUAUUAAAUACAGAUAUGCCAUUGCACACAGCUUUUGCAUGCUGUUACAUAUAGUAUCUAGAAAAGCACCUAUUGUGUGUGUGUAUACAUAUACAUAUAUACACACAUACACAUUUAGCUACUGUAUUGAUUAUUAUAAGACAGAUAUAUUUAUCUAGCAUUGAUUUUUAUUGAUAAAUCAACUUGUAUGUGUAAAUUAAGCAGUAUUUGCAUGUUGUAUUUGUGUUCCCCUUUCUGUAUUAGCUUCUUUAUUAUAUGUGCAUAUUUUAUACACUAUAUAUAUAUAUAUAUAUAUAUAUAUAUAUAUGUAUGUGUAUAUAUAUAUAUAUGUAUGUAUGUAUAUAUAUAUAGUUAUAUGUACAACAUAUGGCAUCUAUUUGUCUGUAUAUGGGUUUAGUGGUUUUAAAUAACUCUGUUCAAUGUAUUGCCACAAAUGUGUUUUUUUGUUUUAAAUCUAUUUUCAAUACUUUUUUAGAAGCUUGAUUAUGAAUUAAUAUGGUUGGGAUACUACAGGGAAAUUGGUGAACUACACUUUCAAAGAACUGACUGUUGUAGUUGCGCAACCACACAACUGGCACAGGAGAGCCCUUAUUGGCUCACUUUGUAAGUGUGUUACCCUUGCAGGGUAGGUUGCAGCUGGUGUUUAAUUGUGUACCCUGCUGGAGUAAAGUUUUGUGCAAUUUUUUUCUUUGUGUUAUUGAUUACAGCCAUAAUUGUUUUUUUAGGGCAGAAUUUUAUAAUUUCCUCAAAUUAUUUUCAAAGAAAAUAAUAAAAUCUGACUUUUACGUA